CUGGGUCUCGUCCCCGUGGGGGCCUCUGGCGCGGGUAGCAGAGGUACCACGCGAGCUCCGUGAGCAUCACGUCAUGGGCAGAGGAGACGCGGGAGGGGGCGCUGCAGAGUCGCUCCCAAAGCCCUGAGAGACGUGACCUUUAUCGCGGGAUUGCCUGGGGGCUGCGCUGUCCCACGCGUCAGACUGGUGGCUGGCACGCAAGAAAACGGCAAACGGACCAUAGAGGAAGUUGACAGUGGAACGUCUCCGGGGCUGGCUGGUGUCAGGCCCUGGUCUGAAGGUGCAGACGGUCUGCACCCGCUCCCCUGCCCGGGAAUUAGUUGGUAUUUAGCACUGGAAAAAUGGCUAACCACACUGCAUCAAUGACCUCAUUUGGAGAAUUCCUGGGGAUAUUGCCUUUGAAGCAUGCAGAGGAGACUGACACCAGCCAGCAGGGCCUGGAUGAAAAACCUUCAAAGUGCCUCAUUGGCAGCAUGCAGGAAGUGAACAAGAAAAUCGCUCGUUUUGAAUUGGAUUUGAAAAGAUACCAUGGUAUUGGCCUGGUGCUCGAAGAUUUGGAGUCAUCAAAGCCACACACAAUACAGAAGAGCUUCAGAAGAGAGAAAAAGCACUACCAGGCAGCCACGGACAGAGACAAAGACAGGAAGGAGUCUCAAGCCUUUGUACACAAACACAAGCAUUCUGUACCUACACUGGAUGUUGACCUGCUGCCUCAGACCAAGGCCACCCAUAAGAAGAGUAUGUCAGAAAAGGACAAGCUGGUGGAACUAUAUCAAUACCCAGGGUAUAAUGAGCAUGAACCAACAGCACUGCCUAAUGAGACAAACCUAGCUGAAGUAGUGGAGAAAGUUGUGCGUGCCCAGAGAAAGCCAGCAAGCGGAAAGAUUCGCUUUCCUCAAAAGAAGCUACGGAUGUUCCUCACAGCUCCACUCUCCCAGGCUGUUCUGCUGGAUAGCUUCUGGUGGUUCUUUCUCCAAUUGUAUCAGCCAAACCAAGAGAUUCAGGCACGGCUGUUUGAUCGCAUUGCAAAGAACUAUGCCUCUCUCCUACUUGACUGUCACAAAUUCCGCCACCAGGAGGCCCUCAUUAAAGCUUUCCCUUCCUUGCUGAGCCAAGCCUUGUACACCUGCUUCUGCUCCAGCUUCCCAGGGUCCUGGUUCAAUACGGAUGAGUUCAAGUCCCAGCUCUGUAAUGUGCUGUCAGAGUGGAUGGCAGGAACAUUGCCUGUCCCAGGGACCUACACAAGCUGGGACUACUCCCAGUUGGAACCAGAAAGGUUCAGAAGAGAAGAUUUGCUGUCAACAAAAAGGAAACAGAGUGUCACUUCCUUCCCCUUUGCUUCUUUCAAGACUUCUGGCAGUCUAGAGAAGACACAUCAGCCUUCCAUUCAGCCAUGGAAGCCCAACCCUUUGAUGCAAGUUGUCAACAAGUGCCAGCCUGGUCAAAGAAGCCUACACCUUGAAUCCAGGGAAGCUGUACGUGGAUCUAUGUCCUUGAAAGGUGGCAGGGCCCUGCCAUGUGAUCUGCAGUUUAAAAAGAAUCAUGAAGAAAGUGGUUUGAAGCAGACCCAACAUGUGCUGGAGACAAGACGGCCAAAGAUCACGUCGCUUCAAAAAGAGUCACACCCAGCUUGUCGGGGCCCUGAAUUCACUUGGCAUCUUUUUAACAUCAAUGGGCACAGCCCACUAAUUCAGCACUUCCUCCAGAGCUACAAGGCUGAACCACAGGCUGGACAGGAUAUCCUGAUUCACAGGAGGGAGAUCUACAAGCCUAUACCAGAGUCUUCUCCAACUUAUGCAGAUAUAAUCCAACAGAGUUUUCAUCAUCUCCGCCAGCUAGAAAGCACUUUCAAAAACAUGUACCAGCGACACUGCAGGGAAAUGAGGGAUUUUGACAAGCAGCAGCAGAAGGAAAAGCAAGAAUUCCUCAGGAAAGAGAAGCAAUUGCUCUUGGAAAAAGGAAAGAUGAAGACACUGAACCAACUGCUGCCCCCUCACCUAGAUGUACUUUGCAGUUCUGACAAGACUUCGGGUGCAUCAAGAAAUGUCAUCACUCAGGACCAGCCUUAAAUUAAACUGUACCCUAAGCAAAAAAGAAUGUUAUCCUCCUAAAAUUUAUUGACCAUAAAUGUCUGUUUGCAACUCUGCUGCAUCCUAAUACAGUAUGCUUUGGGCAGUCGACCCCAAACAUCAGAGCUUUUGCCACUGAUUAAAAACAGUCAAACCUGAAAAAAAUGUCGAUUCAGUUCACAGGAGCACUUGGAGAGUGUAAAUGUUUGAGUUAUAACUUCUUUGGUGUAUAAACCUAGACUGGAAAAAAAUCUCAUAAAAUGUGUAUUGUGUAAGAACUGAAUGAAAGUGAUACGUGGUGAUGAAAAAAGCCA